AUGAAGUUGUACUUGUUGAAGCCAGGGAAGUUCAACUAUCGACACCAUGCUACAGUUGAUCCUCCGGGAAGAAGCGCCGAUCACCACAUGCACAUGAUAGCAUCGUUCAAUGGAUUAGUAUGCUGCAUCAACCAACUUUCUGAUGAACAUGAAGUAGAUUAUCAGAUAUGGAUCUGCAAUCCUUCUACUGAAGAAACUCUGCUUCUUCCUCAAGGCAGACCAUCUGUUUGGACUGAACCAAGUAUUGGAGUUGCAUAUGGUCCUGACAUUAGCGAGUACAAAAUUUUCCGCAUAUUCUGUGUCGGCAAGAGAAACGCUGGAAAAGGGGAUUAUCUCUACGAAUGUGAGGUGUAUUCAUCUAGCACUGGUGCAUGGAGGGGCAUCGGCCCUGUGCUUCAUCUUCCAAUGUAUGUUUGUUUCAGUCCACACAGAUCCGGUCAUGUCUUUGCAGGAGGGAAGAUCUACUGGCUGGUUUCUCUGGAAGAUCCUGCAGGUAUAAUGCUCUCUGUGGAUAUGGAGGAGAACUUCGAAGUUAUGGAGCUGCCUUACUAUUCAACAGAGCUGCGUGAAGAAGACAGGAUAACAGUUGCUACGUAUCUGAUAAACCUGGGAGGAUCUCCGUCACUGGUAGUUCUACAUGCGGAUUACUUUGACGUAUGGGAGUGGAAAGAAGCUAGUUGGGUAUUUGUAAUCGCAGAUGAGUUUGAUUUCAUGGACUUUGCUGAAAUUGUAUUAUUCAUGACCUCGUCAGAGAAGGAGAUCCUGUUUGUGACUGACUCGCACUUGUGGACUUAUCAUUUGGAUACUAGAAAGUGGAAAAAAAGGGGCAGGCCUCCUACUCGAUUUACGAAUCCUGCUAUCUUCCCCUUCACCGAAAGCCUUCUUCCAU